AGUGCUGAGAACCGGAGCAUUUGCGCAGAUAGUCUGCGCUGCCUGCAACAGACACACCGCCUCUCGGCCUGGGAAGUUUGUUGUUGUUGGUUUUUGUCUCACUGCCGAGCAAUCCGCCCGCAAAGUGUCUGCGAGGAGCAGGGCGACCAACCGCUGCGUAGCCGGACUCGUGUCAGCGUCAGGGAUUUAACAUGGUGAUCAAAGUGUACAUAGCAUCGUCCUCCGGAUCCACUUCGAUCAAAAAGCAGCAGCAGGAUGUGAUGGGCUUCCUGGCGGCCAAUAAGAUCGAGUUCGAGGAGUGUGACAUCGCGGCCAAUGAGGCCAACAGGAAGUGGAUGAGAGAGAAUGUUCCGGAGGGGUCCAGGCCGGCGACGGGGAACCCUCUGCCCCCACAGAUAUUUAAUGAAAGCAAAUAUUGCGGGAACUAUGAGGCCUUCUUUGAUGCCAGGGAGGACAACGCUGUGUAUGCAUUUCUGGGUCUGACUGCUCCCCCGGGCUCUAAGGAGGCUGAGGCUCUAGCGAAGAAAGCACAGCAGUAGCAGCUUUUCACCGUUUCUACCUGAGACCUCAGGCUUAGACCUAGACCCAGAGCUGGACCUAGAUUGACCUGGAAAAGAUCCAGGAAAAAAAAAGAAGCAACACUUCACUUAGCUUAUAAAUAUGUGGAUGGUUUUGAUUUUUCAGUAUGUUUUUUUUAUUACUCUGUGUUCAGCUGUGCCUUGUCAGCUGUAGUGAAAGGAGGUACUAAAGCAGAGCAUUAUGGGUAUCUGAAAACAGCUCUGCUCCCUCCAUUAGCUUCAGCCUGCUAAGCCUAUUGGCCUAAUGACAUGUCAAUCAACAAUUAGCAUGAAUCUGUAGCUUCCUGAUUGAGACACAAGAAAAUGUGCACACCUUGAAAAAUGCAACACAGAUAUUGUUUGGCCAACAGAAAGUCAUCCAUGUUCACAUUAGAUCAUAAAACAUUAUAAUCAUUUAUGUAACUCAACAGGUUUAAUCAGUACAAGUCUUAUCUGUUGAAUUCUGGAAACAUUGAACCAAAUGUUGUGCUCCUGCCAGUCGUGUCGUCGCCAAAACUUUAGCACCUUCUGUAAGAGUUAUCAAUUACACCCCAUUCUCUGUGUUUUUAUUUACUUUAUAUUGUCUUAAUGCUGUUUUAAUAGCAAACCUUUUUCUACGAGAUGAUAUGUGUUUGAAACUGAUAAUACAUGCCAAAAUGUACACGUCUGCAAACAUAUAGGGAUGUGAAACUGACUUUUUUUUUUUUUUUUUUUUUUUAAAUU